AUGCAGUCCCCUCGCCCGGAAACGCCCGAGCCAUCAUCCAGGCAGGGCAGGCGAAAUCCUCAGCUUGAUGCCCAGUUGCUUGACGCUGAUGGUGCAAUUUCCGACAAGCUCGAACGCUGUCUUCGUCAUAUUUUCGCCAAGUAUUGCACGCCGCGCCCGGCGCGUCUCCCAAAACAAGACUCUACGAUUCUCCUUACACCUCCUGAUGAUGCGAUUUUUGACUCCGCAGGGCUAGACGCGUGGGCACAAGACACGAAUGGCGCACCGUUUAGUGAAGAGACCAAGGAGGAACUCAGAGAGUUUUUGGACGUCACUGAAGAAGGCGAGCUGACGUUUAAAGGCUUCGCGCAGAUAUAUCAGCUGCAGACAGAGAAUGAUGAGGAAGAAACAUGGAGAGAUCUGUCAAACCACGGAUUUGAUCGUACCCUCACCCUUGUUUCAACGCGUCGGGAGGAAGAGGCUGAGAGCAGUCAUACGCCUCUUUUCAUGUCAUCUGGAAACCCCCUCCAUAUCCACGACUUCGUAUGA